AUGUCAGCCCCUAGUCAAGCAAUUGUAGUGGCAGUAGUAGCUACAGCAGCAACUAUGCUACUUCUUGCUUUGAUGUCCUUCUACUUCUUCCAAAAAUUUGCCCUUGAUCGAUACCACCUUAGACACAAAAUUGCAGCUAGUCUUUUUAGAGAAGCGGGAAUGGACCAUGAGGAUAUAAAGAAAGUUAGUGGUAACAUGAAAGGGUUACUUGUUGAAGAAAAUGGUAUUGAUAUUCUGUAUAUGAUGGAAACUGAAGGUAGGAUAUUCAAAACUAGAUUCCCAAAUAGAAGAUAUAAUCCUAGUUAUGAAGAUGAUGAAGAAAAGAGAACAGAUAUGAUGGUCCAAAGAUCCAAACGAAUUAAGCCUCAGGUGGUUACAGUUCCACUGCUAUGUGACUCUUCAGGUCCAGGUUUGAUUUAUCAUGAGAAUCAAGAUACAUCACUAUCACAAGUAUCUUCUCUACCUUACUCAACGUCGUUAUCAUUAACUUCAGCUCAACACCUUCCACAAUCACCUCGGCCACCACCUCCACUUCCAUCAAUUCCACAAACUUCACCAAUGAUUAUGGAGAAGAAAACUAUACCAUUUUCACCACCAGCUCCUCCUCCUCCUCCUCCACCACCACCACCACCACCACCUUCCCCUCCAAGAAAGGAGGUUCCAAAUGCACCACCUCUUCCUUCAUUACCACCUAAAGGGAAAGCAAACACAAACACCACAGAGGCUAUGGUAGGGAAGAGCUCAAGAGGGAAGGGUGCUGUUCAAACAAGGCUGAAGCCUCUGUAUUGGGAUAAGGUGGUAACUAAUGUUGAUCAUUCAACUGUGUGGGAUCAAAUCAAUAAUGGCUCUUUCCAGUUUGAUUAUGAACUCAUGGAAACACUCUUUGGAUAUUCAACUAACAGACAAACCCAUGAAAGAAAUAGGUGUCUUUCAACUUCAGCUAAGUCCAACUCCAACACACCAACUCAAGUAUUCAUUCUGGACCCUCGAAAAUCCCAAAACACUGCCAUAGUCCUAAGAUCUCUUUCAAUGUCUCACAAGGGUAUCCUAGAUGCACUCCUCGAUGGUCAAGGACUCAGUGCUGAGACACUUGAAAGACUCACUAACAUAGCUCCUAUCCAAGAAGAAGAAACAAAAAUCAUUCAAUUCAGUGGAAACCCAGAUAAACUUGCUGAUGCUGAGUCAUUCCUCUACUACAUUCUGAGAGCAGUUCCAACAGCUUUCGUUCGUUUAAAAGCACUGCUUUUCAGCUCAAGUUAUGAUUGUGAAGUUAUUCAGCUUAAAGAACACCUAAAAACUCUUGAAAUCGGUUGUGAAGAGGUGAAGACUAGUGGUCUGCUUUUGAAAUUCCUUGAAGCCAUUCUCAAAGCUGGAAACCAAAUGAAUGCAGGAACUUCAAGAGGCAGCGCCUAUGGUUUCAACUUAAGUGCUCUUAAAAAGCUUUCUGAUGUAAAAAGCACAGAUGGGAAAACUAGUUUGCUUCACUUUAUUGUGGAGCAGGUAGCUUAUUCUGAAGGAAAACAACAAGCUAUCAAUCAAAAGCACAACCUUCACAAAAGCAUUGGUGAAAUAAGCAACACCAGUGGGCCUUAUUCAGGUAGCCUGAUAGAACAAGAAACAGAAAGAGAGUAUCUAAAGCAUGGUUUAAUAGUGUUAGGAGGGCUAAGGGAUGAGUUAUCUGAAGUAAAGAAAGCAGCAAGUAUUGAACACCAUAAUUUUAUUAGUAUGUACUCUACUCUCAAUGCUUAUGUUACUGAAAUUCGACAGAUUAUAACAUGCUGUGGCAACAGUGAAAGAGGUGGAUUUAUUAAGGCAAUGAAAGGAUUUGUAGAGGAAUGUGAAGAGGAGCUUAAUGUGGUGAGAGAGGAACAGACACGGAUCACGGAACUGGUCAAGAAAACCAAUGAGUAUUUUCUAACAGGAGAUUCCAUAGAUAACAUGUCAAACCCCUUUCAACUGUUUGCUACUGUAAAAGAAUUUGUUGACAUGGUAGAUGAUGUUUGCAUAGAACUUAGAAGGAAACUAGAAAAGAAUAAUGUAGGAGAAUCUGUAUCAACACCGCCUCUUUCACCAUCAAAUAGGGUGCCACUCAGAUUACCAAACUUUGAUUUACAUUUCCAGUCAAGUAGGUCAGUAGCUUCAUCUUCCAGCCAAUCAGAUGAUAAUUUCUGA